AUGGACAAUAAUGCAACUUGUAAAAUAGUUAGCAUUGGUUUAAUUCGGGUUCGCUUCUAUGAUGGAAUCGUGAGGACUAUUAAAGAAGCCCGUCAUGUUCCUGAUCUGAAGAAGAAUUUGAUCUCCCUAGGUACUCUAGAUAAACAAGGCUACAAGUACAUGAGCGAGGGAGGUACAAUAAAGGUGGCUAAAGGUUCUUUAGUCAUGCUCAAGGCCAAGCUGGAGGAUGGCCUCUACACACUAGCAGGAAGCACCAUUUUUGGAUCUAUUUCAUCGUACCUAAAUGGCAGUUUUUUGAAUUCUACUGCUGGACUUUCCACUUCUUGGACCAACAGGAUGUUUUGGUAUCUUGCAGAUUCCACAUAUGGCUUAUCUCUAUUCACACCUAUUCUUUUGAGUGGAAAUAAUGGAACUAAGUACCACUUCUGUGGCUUCUACUGCAGUGACCAAAGUGUCGAAUGCCUUCUCGGUAUCUUCUUUGCAUUCCCUGAUGUCACCUCUAGUGAGAGAAAGUAUAUGGAUCCCCAGUCUGUUUCUGUCUUAAAAAUGAGAGAGAUGGGGAAUCUCGUGCUAUUUGACAAAGCCGAUCGCACAAUUUGGCAGUCUUUCGAUCAUACUACAGAUUCUUUACCCCCGGGUCAGAAUUUGGUUUCUGGGAGGAAGCUCAUAGCAAGUGUUUCAUCAACCAAUCGGAGUCUAGGUUUGCUUUCUCUUGCUAUUCUCAAUGGAACUUGGGCCACUUACAUCGAUUCCGAUUCACCUCAGUUUUACUAUGCUUCAAGUAAUCCGGAUAGUAGUACUUAUUUCAGUUUUGAUGGUCAAACACUUACUGCUCAGCAAGACCCUCCUACAGCAGCAGCUCAAUUCAUGAAGCUUGAGCCUGAUGGACAUUUACUGGUAUACCAAUGGGAUGAGGACACACUUGAUUGGAAAGUCAUAUCUGAUGUUUUGAUUAAUAUAUAUGCCGGGAAAUGUGGGUACCCAAUGGUGUGUAACAGCCAAUGUAGUUGUCCGCCAGAGCAAAAUUUCUUCAGGCCAUUAGAUGACAGGAAAAACAUUGUUGGAUGUUCACAGCUGACACCCAUUUACUGCAACUCUUCGCAGUAUCAUAGUUUUGAAGAGCUCAAAAAUACCACAUAUUUUUCAUUUGAGUUCAGUCAUGAACUAAUUUCGAGCAUAUUUCGGUUUGAGGGGGAAAAGUUGGAAGAUUGCAAAAUGGCCUGUCUGACAAACUGUUUCUGCAAAGCUGUUGUCUUCCAAUAUGAUUCGGAUGGGGCUACAAGUGGGAGCUGUUUAUUACUGAAUGAAGUCUUUUCUCUCAUAGACACCGAGAACGGGAUGUACGAGAGAGUAUUUCUUAAGGUGCAGAAUUCCUCAGAAACACAGAAUCAGUCUCGAACCAUUUCUGGAGGAAAAAAAUCAAGACCUUACAUAGUGAUAAUAGGAUCUACUCUUGCAGCUUUCUUUGGGAUAAUUUUAAGUAUCGCUGCUUACUUUGUUAUAUUCAAAAAGAGGACACAUGAUUCCAGAAAGGCUGGGGAUUUUCUGGAUCUCGAACCAAUGUUACCGGGAAUGCUAAUUCGGUUCUCUUACAAUGAGUUAAGAAUAAUAACUGAAGAUUUCAGUAGAAAGCUCGGGGAAGGAGGAUUUGGCUCGGUAUAUGAAGGAACACUGAGUAAUGGAACCAAAAUAGCUGUGAAGCAUCUGGAUGGUCUAGGUCAUAUGAUGGAAUCAUUCUUAACAGAAGUAAAGAUAGUCGGUGGCAUUCACCACGUCAAUCUGGUAAAACUCAUUGGAUUUUGUGCUGAAAAUACCCAAAGGCUUCUGAUCUAUGAACACAUGGUAAAUGGAUCAUUAGAUAGGUGGAUUUAUCAGAAAAAUCAAGAAAAUGGGCUUACAUGGCAUGCAAGGCGAAGGAUAAUAACAGAUAUUGCCAAAGGGUUAGCUUAUCUUCAUGAUGAAUGCAGCCAGAAGAUAAUUCAUUUGGACAUCAAACCACAAAACAUACUUUUAGACCAAGGUUUCAAUGCUAAGAUCUCUGAUUUUUGGCUGUCGAAACUGAUUGAGAAAGACAAAAGCAAAGUUGUAACUAGGAUGAGAGGAACACCAGAGUAUUUGGCCCCUGAAUGGUUGAGGUCGGUAAUCACUGAGAAAGUAGACGUGUAUGCCUUUGGAAUUGUGCUCUUGGAAGUUCUCUGUGGGCGAAAGAAUUUGGAUUUGUCCCAGGCUGAUGAAGAUGUCCAUUUGCUAAGUGUUUUUGAAAUAAAAGCGGAGCAACAGCAGCUUAUGGAUAUUGUUGACAAAAACAAUGAGGAUAUGCAGAUCCACAAAGAAGCAGUGACAGAAAUGAUGAGCAUUGCUGCGUGGUGUCUACAGGGAGAUUUCACCAAGAGGCCUUCCAUGUUAUUGGUGGUUAAGGCAUUGGAAGGUUUUGUGUCUGUUGAAACAAACUUGGAUUACGAUUUCACAAGCCUACCUGAGGUUGCGGCAGACAACCAACAGAGGGAAGACACUAUCAGUUUAAUGUUGCCUUCAAUUUUAUCCGGACCAAGGUGAACAAUGCUUCAUCACCUGAUCCAUCUUUCUCUUUUACAUACUGUUUCCCAAAUUUUUCUUACCUCAGCUUUGACUUUGUUAGCAUCGACAUUUGGCUAACAUGUAAACUAUGUCAUAAUGUAAAAGGAAAACUAAAGUAGCUUUAUUUUACUUGUAUGUGGUAUUUGUAGCUAAGAGUGUAAUGCAAUGUAUAUGGUACUUGUUCGAA